AUGAUGAUAAACAUAUCAAGAUACUUUUUUUUAUUAUAUAUAAUCAAAUCGCACCUUAAUUUUUAUCUCGGGCUCAGUAAUCAUUUUUCAGAACAAAAUGUUGAAGCACACAAACUACUACAUAGUAACCAGUCCGUUUUAAAAAAUAGAAUAUUAAAAGAAGUUAAUCGGGAUCAUUGCAAUUCGUGGUCUGAGUGGUCUGCUUGCUCAAAAACAUGUGAUGUUGGAGUAAAAAUGAGAGUACGAACUAGUUCAAAGAAGGAAAAUUCUGCAGACUGUUCUAAGCUUACCGAAACGUCUAUUUGUUUUCUGGAAGCUUGUCCCUAUUCUGCUACUCAGAAAGAACGUGAUAUAAACGAAAUGAGACAAAAUGAGAAAAAAAGAGCUUUGAUAAAAUAUCUGAUAAUUUUUAGUAUCUUUUCAGGAGUUAGUAUACUGUUACUGUUAAUUUGCACAGUUGUGUCAAUAAAAAAAAAAAUUAUAUAA